AGUUCUUGCAUAUAAACAGUAAAAAUUCCAAUAUAAAGGACUUAUUAUACCUCUUUUUGGAGUAACAUUAGUGCUAGCCAGAACCUUGCCUACUAUGUAAGCCUAAGAAGAUACAUUUUCUGCGGGUAAUCACAAAGCUUUCAGAAAACACUUGUCUGCUAUUCUGCAAAUGCUGACUAUCUGGUCUGGACCACUCUCCUGGGGCCAAAGUGUUUACAGAACUCAUCUGAAUGAUACAGUCCUUUAGACAUGCUCAGUCUUGUAUUUGCAUGAAUUAGAGCAAGGACAAUACAUCAAUUACUGAAUCCUGUUUGAUGCUAUACAUUUGCUUGGUCACAAGCCACUAGCUUUGUUUGGCUAUUCAAGGAGAUUAGUUUCAGCUGCUAAAGUGAAAAGAUGGGACAAGAAGAAAAAACACCACCACUGCAGGAAGAAUUUCUGUUUGACAUUAAUGAGUAUAUUCCUACAGCAAAGAUAUGCAUCAGGAAAGCAAUUGCCCAAGACAGUUAUUAUGCAUGUUAUUUACAUUCUAUGCAAAUAAGAAAUAUUUAAGUGUUCCUCAAUUCAAAACUUGAAUCUCUUACAGAGAGUUAACUGUUACCCAAGUAGGCAUUAGAAAAGGUGGUUGACUAGUUUAUCUUUGCAAUAGUUAACAGUUAACAUACCUUGACUACUGUCAUUUAUAUUUUUGUUGUAAGAGAAACCAAGAUUAGAUUCAGAAUGUAAACGUUAAGAAUUCCAAAUUCUCUCUCAAUUAAUGCUCUCCUUUGAUUGGAUAUUUAAAUUAUUUAGUUUAUCUUGGUGAUUGGUCUAACUAGUAAUUUUCUCUGUAACAAAAUAAUAUUGGUAAAUGUGGGGAAAAAAUUGAAAGAAUCUCUCAAAACAGAAUAAAUUACCUAGAAAUAUAAAUAAAACCCAACAGAAUGAAAAGAAUUAGUUUCCUAAUCAAUAGUUAAAGUCUUCAUUUGCAUCUGGGGCAUAACUACCCAGAUGCUGUUAGAAUGGCCUAAUGAAAUGGGUCACAGAGAAACUUAUUACUUGCAGGUCUCAAACUGUGAUUCAAUGGCCCAGCAAAACAAGAAAAUGCGCCCUGUAUUACUCAAACGGAAUAGCCUGGAUUCAGUUGAUUUUAUGAAGCAGCCACACCACCGCAGGAGUAAAUCUCAACAAGUCCGAUUCAAAGAUGAUGGUACAAACAAGAAGCCGAUUGGUGUCACUGAAAUGGACGCUAAACCUGCCAAAGACACAACGCUCAUGAUUGGAAAGGCACAAAUAUCUAGGCACCAUAACCUGCCAAACUAUUCUCUCUCUUUCCCAAGGUCUCAGAAGGGGCAUCGGAAUAUUGCUAUUCAAACUUCUCCCAGCCUUAGGAAGCACCUUCCAGUUUUUAAAAAGAAAAAACUGACAACAAGUAAGUCUUUAAUGGAAAUGCCAACCGAGCCUGAAAGCUCUGUCCAAGUCAAUGGCAAUCUUUCUGAACAAGACGUGUCUUUGGACCUCUCUUACUUAAGAAUAACUAAACAUUUGGAACAUGGAUCUAGAAGAGCCAAGACAUCCAAUCAGUUAUUUCAAAGAGAGUGUAAAGCACAAAGCAAUGGGCCUAUCCACUCAGACUCAGAUACUUCCGCAAUACUGGAAAAGGCAACUGUUUAUACACAGGUGCCUGAAUACAUACAUCUGACUUCUCCAAAGGACAACAGUGCUUCCAUUUAUGCUUCGGACAUGUCCAUGGAUUUAAAUGAUUCAGUACGUUCUCCUACUACUAUGAGCCAAUCCAAUGAAAACUGUACACUGCUAUCCAAAUCAGGAAAAUCUUCUGCCCGCUUAAACAAUAUCAGGAACUGCAAUGAAAUUAAUCCACAUUAUGACUCUUGUGAAGAAAAAAGUGUUUUGGAGUUAUCUGAAUCCACUAAAGACGCUAGCACUAAUGAAAACACUCCAUUAUCACCUCUGUCGAAUCAGAGUUCAUCACACUGCUUUCUCAGAGAUCAUCAACAGCUAACAGAGCCUGAAACAGAUUCUGACUGCAUGGUGCUGACUAAUGAUAAUCAUGGAAUAACGUCAUUGACCAGCAGUAAUGAGUCAAAAUCUAUUCCCUCAUGUCACACUGAAAUGGAUAAAACUUCUGCACGGUCAUCUGUUCCAGAGUGCAGCAAUUAUUUAGAAGACUUUCACAUAAAUUCCCAUCUUCCAGGGAAUGAAAUUAAACCAGAAACCAACAAAGAGAUUAGAGACAUUAAUCAAAUUCACUUGGCACAUGGCGAACUGUGCGCCCUACAAGGCAGGCUGCAGUCCAUAGAGGAAUCUUUGCACUCAAACCAGGAGAAGAUUAAAGUCCUUUUGAAUGUAAUUCAAGACCUGGAAAAAGCCAGAGCCCUCAGUGAAGGGCGCAACUUCUACCGCACUGGCCAAGACCUCAACAACUGCAGCACUUGCCAGAACACUGCUUGUAUCAUUUACAGUGUGGAAUACGACUUCAGACAACAAGAAGGCAGAUUUCAUCAGGUUUUGAAAACACUGGAUCAAGUGGAGCAAACUCCUGCCACGGCUCCAGCCCCCAAAUUACCAUCUGUCUAUCCAAUUCCCGAGAAACAGGAAUUAAGACGAAAAACAAAAAAGGUGAAAAAGAAAUGCUUCUGGUGGAUGUGAAUGUCUUUUAGCUGACAUACAGAAUUGAAGGACUACAUUUCAGAAGAUAUUAAAACAUAUAUACAGAGGCUUUAAUAUGUACAAAUGUGAAACCACAAACAGGAAACUAAAAAAUGUCUAAUAAGGUAUUUGAAAACUCCAAAACUUAAAAUGGAAUUUGCUUAUUUAACAAACUCAGUGAAUAAAGACAUGAGUAUUUUGAAACGGGAUGCAAUCUAUCUCUUUGAUUCAAAAAGACAUCUUCAUAUGCUUUGUGAAGGCAAAAUUUUUACUUUCAAAUAAUGCUGAAGUUGUGAUUUAAAUUGAUAAAAACAAGGGCAAUCAAAGUAAAGGAAGCUGCUCCCAUAUGCUUCCCACAUCAUGCUUAAAUUCAAACAAAACAGCCUAAAAGUCAUUCCCUGAUCUUGUCCCCAGUGGUGCAACCAAAAACUGUGGGGUGGGACACAGAUUUUAAGAAAACUUCCUCUCCAAGCGAGACAAUCCAUUAAAAUUAUGUAUACAAUGGAUUGUAUAUAUAUAUAUAUACAGCACAAGUGAUUGAUUUGUUACACUAAUAUAAGAGUUAAAAAUCUAUAGCAUCCAAGA